AUGGCAGACAAAGAACUUACGAAGGAAGAGGAGGCAGCAGCACGCAUCAAGGAAGAAGAAGAGCAAGCUGCUCUCCCCUACAAAUGGGCCCAAGCAAUUGGUGACCUGGACAUUACCGUCGAAGUACCCGGAAACCUCAAAGGAAAGGACCUCAAUGUCGACAUCAAGAAGAAGAAGCUUGUCCUAGGAAUCAAAGGCCAAGAGCCCAUCAUCAACGGCGACCUCCCACACGAAAUACACGUCGAUGAGUCAACCUGGACGCUCACUACCUCCCCCUCUGGCACCAAAAUCCUCGAGCUACAUUUGGACAAGGUGAACAAGAUGCAAUGGUGGGAACACGUCAUUACCACGGCGCCAAAGAUAGAUGUCACAAAGAUCCAGCCGGAGAACAGCAAGUUGGGAGACUUGGAUGGUGAGACGAGGGGCAUGGUUGAGAAGAUGAUGUAUGAUCAGCGGCAGAAGGAGAUGGGGAAGCCGACUAGUGAUGAGCAGAAGAAACUGGACAUGUUGAAGAAGUUCCAGGACCAGCACCCUGAACUCGACUUCAGCAAGGCUAAGAUGAAUUAAGGAAGGGGUGGGGGGAAGCCUGUGAUGUUGGUGAGCAUGGUACGGUGUUAUGGGUAAUCGGAUUGAAGCCAGUGAUUCAUGGACAAAUGAGCAAAAGUUAUUCUGAAAUGAACACAAUCACACUCUUUCCUGGAGGAUAUUGUUUAAAGUUAACUCGAGUAUGAAAAUGGGGUGCGACUUUGUGAAUGUCCGUAUCCUGACG